UUUUCUUACAAAUGCUUAAUUUUCUUGAUUUGUUUCUAGAAUGGGUUCUAGAGCAGUUAAAAUUGGAUUUCCAAUUCUUGGAUUGCUUAUGUUAGCCUAUCUGCGUCUGUACUGUUCAUAUACGGAAUUAGAUUUUCUUGAUGUUCGUUAGAUUUUUGAGUUGUCUGGCUUCGAAAUCUCGUCUGUGUACUAUUACGAGCUCGGAUUUGUCUUGAUUUUCUUGAUUUGCUGCAACGACCCUUGAUCUGUUCGUACCAGGUCCCUGGCGACUGGGGAAGUCGUUUUACUAGGUCGGCUUUGGCUCGGUGUUUUACCAGGUCGUUUUACCAGGUUAUCUUCGUACCAGGCUCUACUUUCUGGCUUUGGUUUGCAGCAUUUUUACCCGGUAGGAUGAACAAAAAGAAGGCAGGGAAGGGGGAGGCUACGCCCAGGCUUACCAGGUCCAAAGCAGCAGGCUUUGAGGUAUUGAAUAACCUUGAGGAAGAGUUCCCUGAGCUAGCUAAAUCUGCCUCGAAAUCAGCAGGUGUUAGCCCCGGUUUUGAUGUUUCAAUUGCUCCUGCAACUGGGCAGGUUGAGCAGGCAGAUGCUAAGACAGUAACUGAUGGUUUUUUGCCUACCAAAACAGGCUAAACGAACACCAACACUGAUACCACUGCUAUAGAGGUACCUGCGAAAACACUGAUGCCAUCUCCUGGGACUAAACAGACUAAACAGAUUAAUGCUAAGGCUGGUUUGACAUUUAAGGCUACUGGACCUUUUGAGAAUGCUUUAAAGCCUACUGAAGCUGCUGCCGGGACAUUAAUUGCUGGGGGUCAUGCAUCCGGGAAAGUGGUUACAACACUGGCAGUAACUACAGAAACUAAAUGGAACUCUCUGUUUAAGGAUAACCGAGAUCCAAAAAAUGGAAUUAAGCUGAGAUAUGUUCCACCUAAAGGCGAGACAGUGGACUUUGGUGACCGCAUACUACCCUCAAUGGUUGAAAUGUGGGGUUAUUGUCUAAUGGGACAUUUCACCGGCAAAUUUCCCGGACUCAAAGCGGUUCAUGACUUAAAAGCUACAUGGGGAGUCAAAAGCCUAGUAAGAUCUCAUAACAAGGGUUGGAUAAUUUUUAAAUUCCAAAAUGAAGAGGAUAGAUCCAAAGUACUACAUGAAGGACCCUACACCGUCUUCGGUAAGCUAUUAAUGCUCAAAGAACUCUCGGAGGACUUCACUUUUGAGGAUGAGGAAUUUCUAAAAAUUCCAAUUUGGGUCAAGUUCCCUAAACUACCGAUGAGUUUAUGGAAUGAUGAGGCUAUGAGUGAGGUGGCAUCAAUGGUCGGGUCCCAUUAACCACGGAUAAAAUCACUCAAGAAAGGGCAAACAAUGACUAUGCUAGAGUUCUUAUUGAGGUUGAUGUUUCAAAGCCACCACCGCUUCACUUCCCUAUUCGACUACCUUCCCGUAAGGUAAUCAAACAAUUUGUGGUUUAUGAAACUUUCCCUAACUUUUGCUUUCAUUGCAAAGAGUAUGGGCAUCACCCAUUUAUUUGUAAGAAACUAGCAAAACGGGAGGAUAAGGAAACUGAUUUAGAACGGAGAAGGGAAAAAGAUGAAAAUAUAGAGAAGGGGUCAACUAGGCCACAACCUGCUGCCCAGGGGUCAGACCCGACCGGGCCUGCCCCUGGCCCGACCGAAACUCAGCUGCAGAUUCCCCACCCGCCCGGGUGUGCGAAGGACCCGAUCGGGUCUUCAGCGCAGAACAUUGUCCAGGAUGCAUCUGCCGUGAUUAAACUGGCUGAACAGAGACCUUCUUUGGAUGAUGGUGAGAGGAUAGUCAUGGAUAAAAAGGAUGUGAAGCUAGAUGAUGUUGUUAUAAAAUGUGAGGUGAUAAACGGCAAGACACUCAAGUUGUUUGUCAAACCGUUUAAAUCCGUACAUGCUAAUGUGAUUCGAGUGGACAAUUUCCUUCGACUUACGGAUGAUUUGGAUAGAAAGGGUCUCACUUUUACCGUUGAAUGUCUUGAGGGCUUGCCGGGUGUUACAAAGAAGAAAGGGGAGGUUCGCUUUGAUUCAAAGUUCACUAAACCUUUCCGAUUUUCCUUGGCUGUUAAAUUAGGGAAACCUAAUAUCUUUAAUUAGUGAUUUGUGAAGUGGGGACUGUCCCAUUAUUUUGAUGCAUUAUAUCUAGGUUAGAUUAUUCUAGCUUAGAUAGUCAUUUUGAUUUGGAUUUGAAGCAUUGUAAAAUGUUAUUUUUUCGGUUUCUAAUAUACUUACAUAUUAUCGGAAAAAAAAAGAAGACUGUGAAGAAUGAAGCCCU